CCCCUGCACACAAAAGCAGCUUCCUCCACUAUCUGAGGGCAGACAGAGCCUCAGCCAUCAGAAAGGGAAAAGCCAGAGCCGCGGCAGGCCUGGGCUGCAAUGGCAGGGGAAACAGAGACUAAAGGGGGACAGGGGUUCUGCUACUAACCCACAGCGUCGCCUUCUACAGCUGGGCUGGACAGGUGUGCCGUGGCCACGUCGCCCUGGGUGACCUUCCUCGGAUGUGGACUUGGCCCUGAGCAUCCUUUCGCCAGGCCCCUCGCCUGGGUACCACCGAGAAAUGCCCGCCUUUGUGUCCAAGUGACAGCGCAGAGGCAGCCGCCGCCACCGAGAGAUCAUCUUCUGGGUCACCCAAGUUUCCAGACCGCUUCUCUUUCCAGCUCACAUGGGGACCACAGAAGCUACACUAAGGAUGGAAAAUGUGGACGUGAGGGAUGAAUGGCAGGAUGAGGAUCUGCCCAGACCACUCCCAGAAGACACCGGGGUGGAGCGGCUGGGUGGCACAGUGGAAGACUCCUCCUCACCUCCCUCCACCCUGAACUUGAGCGGAGCACAUCGAAAGAGAAAGACGCUGGUGGCCCCGGAGAUCAACAUCUCCCUGGACCAAAGCGAGGGCUCUCUGCUGUCCGAUGACUUCCUCGACACCCCUGAUGACCUGGACAUCAAUGUGGAUGAUAUUGAGACGCCAGACGAAACUGACUCUCUGGAGUUCUUGGGAAAUGGCAAUGAGCUUGAGUGGGAAGAUGACACCCCAGUGGCCACUGCCAAAAACAUGCCUGGUGACAGCGCAGACCUGUUUGGGGACGGCUCUGCAGAAGACGGCAGUGCGGCCAAUGGACGUCUGUGGCGGACUGUCAUCAUCGGGGAACAAGAGCAUCGCAUCGACCUGCACAUGAUCCGGCCCUACAUGAAGGUGGUCACCCACGGAGGGUACUACGGGGAAGGUCUCAACGCCAUCAUCGUCUUUGCGGCCUGCUUCCUGCCAGAUAGCAGCUCCCCAGACUAUCACUACAUCAUGGAGAAUCUCUUCCUGUAUGUCAUCAGCAGCCUAGAACUGCUCGUGGCUGAGGAUUACAUGAUUGUCUAUCUGAAUGGAGCCACGCCCCGGAGGAGGAUGCCCGGCAUUGGCUGGCUGAAGAAGUGUUACCACAUGAUCGACAGGAGACUGAGGAAGAAUCUAAAGUCGCUGAUCAUCGUCCACCCCUCCUGGUUCAUCCGCACCGUUUUGGCCAUCUCCCGGCCCUUCAUCAGUGUUAAGUUCAUCAGUAAAAUCCAGUAUGUGCACAGCCUGGAGGAACUGGAGCAACUCAUCCCUAUGGAGCAUGUGCAGCUGCCAGAGUGUGUGCUGCAGUAUGAAGAACAGAGACUGCGAGCCAAGAGAGAGAGCACACGGCCACCACAGCCGGAGUUCCUCCUUCCCAGGUCUGAAGAAAAGCCAGAGACUGUGGAAGAAGAGGACAGGGCAGCAGAGGCAACAGAGGACCAGGAAACAAGCAUGUCCUGAUUUACCCAGAACCUAGACAUGGACAGAGAUUAUCCUCAGCAUCAUGCAACCCUCACCCGAAGCCCUGGGAGCCCUGCCUUCAUCGUGCCUCCACCGUCCGAGGACACCUGGCUCCAUCAUUACCCCUGCACCCAGGUCCUCUCACCGCUUGAGUACAUUUCACUGUUUUAUUUUGAAGAAGGCGGAAUGAGCACAUCUCAGAAUGGAGCAGGUUCUUGACCCUUUCACAGUCUGAGCUUGUGGAUGUCAAAGUUGGGUGUGGGCAGUGUCACCCAUGGUUAUUCCUCCAGGCCUUGGCAUCCCCAAGAUGCCCUUCUGUGACCUAGCUAGGAUAACACAGAUGUGCAUUUUGGGCUGACCCAAUGAGAGACCCUUUGCUCGGUUGGCACCUGUCCCUAGCUAGAGCCUCAGAUGCCUGGUGGCCCUGGCUGCAGCUGCAUCUGCUUCUCUGUGGAAUGUGACCCACUGUACCCCUCUACCUGUCACCCCAAGCAGGGCUGUGACUGCUGACCUCACAUUUCCACCUGACAUGCCCUAUUCUGCCACUUGAAUGUCUUUGGGGGCCUUCAAAUCUAUUGCACACAUACUGAUCAGCCUGGUGGCCGCCAAACCACCCCCAACAUUUUUGAGCUCCUUCAAAGUAGAUGUGACUCCAGAUGUUAACUGAAACCUCAUUCCAAGGGAAGAAACUGUACCCACUUUCCUGUUCCCUGCCAAGGCCAGACUCAGACCCUUUUGUCAUCAAGCAGGAGACAGUUUAGUGUCUGAGAAGAUGAAGAUCCAAGGCUGUGUGGGUGCUAGAGGAUCUGGGGGAUCCCCUAGGACAAUAUAUCCCAGAGGGUGGGAUGCUGUGGCCACCUGAUCUUCAAGCUGGGAUCAAAGCAUAUGUUUGCCUGAGAUAGUCUGACAGUCUGAGCUAAUGAGCACGAUGAGCCUCCUGUCCCUCCGCAGGGACAUCUAAGGCCAGAUGACAUUUGCAGGGAGGAGUCUCCCUGUGGUUCCCUGAAGACCUGAGUAUCUCUCUGUUAAGAAAUCUUAGCACUGGAGCUGUGGUGGCAUAUGCCUUUAAUUUCAGCACUUAGGAGUAGGAGGCAGAGGGAUUUCUGUGAGUUCCAAGAUAGCAAGGGUUACAUAGUGAGAUCCUGUCUAGAAAAAAAAGAGAGGAACAGAGAGAGAGAGAGAGAGAGAGAGAGAGAGAGAGAGAGAGAGAGAGAGCUCUGCUUCUCCUCCAAGGUCAUGUGCAUGACCUCUGUGCCUCUCCUCCAAAAGCAGGUUCUAUGCACCCCACUGUGAGGUGUCCCCUAUGACCUGUUUCUUGCUUCUCGGCCUCUGAUGGCCACAGGACAGCAGCUUCCACCUAGAGAGAAUCAGAGUGUCCUGCCAACAGCACCCAUGGAUCUGAGCUCUGCAGGAAACACACCACACCCGGGGCCUCCAUCUGGCCCUAGGAGGGGACCCGAGAGAGUAAUGCGGAACAGGGCUUUUUGUUUUGAGACAGGAUCUUGCUAUCAAGACCAGCCUGGCCUCAAACUCCUGAUCCUCCUGCCUCAGCCUCCUGAGAGCUGAGAUGGCAGGUGUGUGACCCCCAGGCUGGGCUGGUGGUUUGUAAGUUGUGUUUAUCCACCAUCAGAAGAUGAGAAUCAAGAUGGUGCCUGGGGUCAAGAGGUCCACAGACGGUCUCUCUUGGCUUUUUGGAAACAGAAUUCUGGAGAUUUUUCCUCACUAGGUGGUUGCUGAUGACAGCCAAGGCCUAGGGGAUGAGGACCUCUGUGUCGGGGAUGGAUGGAUGAACACAACCCUGCUGUCCCCAAAGGUCUGAGGUCCUGCCCCCAAGCCCAGGAAACUCCAAUGGGGGCCACCUGCUCCAUCCACCUCCUUGCUGCAGUGGCAUGCCCCUUUGGAAUCACCAGCACUCACUGACACAGACACGCAGAACCCACCGGGGCCACCGAAGACCCCAAAACAGGAGACCCUGAGGGGCUUGAUAUCCUAGUCCACACCUGGGACCACCACCCCAGGUACCUGGGGGACAGUGAGGCAAGACACAGAGGUCCAGAGGCCUCAUGGUGAAGGGCUGUUCCAUUUCUUUACUGAGACACCCAGGAUUCAUUUGACAGCUGGCCCAGAGCAACAGUGCCCACCGCCCACCAGCAAAUUGUGCAGUUAUAAACACAGAGAUGGUGGGGAUAGUGUCCCUGCAGUGACACAAAGCCCAGGGAGCCUGGGGUGGGGAUUUUUAUGUGAAAUAAAUAAAUUAUAAUGCAGAG